AUAAAAGAGGGAUGCUAACCAGCAGCGUUGCAGUUAACAGGCUAGGCUACACUUUUUUUUUUCUUUUAGCUUUUUUUCCUCACAGGACCUGAAUGCCUGAACAUUAUGUGAGAGGAAGCGGGCGGAUGAAGUCAAGCAGAAUCCUAAAAGGGGACAGAGACAAGAGACGGGACCAAGCGGUGCAGAAGACAGAACUUCAUUCCGAGGGGUAAAUGAGCGGUGCUGCCUGUUGAACAUGGGACGAGCUGUUGCUGGCUCUCAAAGCUGCAGCCAAGCAGAAGAGCAUUAGCGGGAUGCCAUUUCUCUCUACCAGUGUGAAGUCGUCCGUCCACGCUGCACAGCCUCGCACAGAUAAACGGCAGCACCUGAACCGUCAUGUCUACAGAUUGAGGGGCAGCCACUGAAGCAACUUAAAAAGAUAUUUUAAUCAGCGUUUGGACCCAUGAAGUGCACGAUACACUCCAAGAACAGAUUUGCAACAAAUUCAGUUUUACUACUUUGCUGAUGGUAGACGUAUCACUUCAUCUCCUCGGUUCUUAGACCCCUGUUGCCCCAUCCCACAGAGCCCCUCAGAGGGGGCGAUGCCUGUCUUGCUCAAUGCCGAUGCCUCCUUCAGCUCCAAGCAGGAGCUCCUGGACCUGCAGGACUGCCCUCCUAGUGGAGUUCCCUUGACGGACACUCCUAGUCCUGUGGAUUCCCGGACAGGCAGCCCUCUAGGCUCUGGCCCCAGAAGCCCCGACAGCCUCGGAGGAGAGGACCCACUCCAGCCCCACGUUUUCACCAGGGCUUCGACGCUCUCCGGGCCCAUAUGCACAACCGAAACAAGAUCUCACGUUGACAGUCCCACUGAGCUAACGCUGAAUUCCAGUGACUCGGAUCAGCUCUGUGGAUGGGGGUCUCUGACUCCCAAAGCCAUCCAGGUCUUCAACACCCCCCGCUGGGUGCUGUUCUUCCUCUGCGUGGCCUCUUUCCUCCAGGGAAUGAUAAUCAACGGCUUCAUCAACACGGUGGUUACCUCCAUCGAGCGGCGCUUCGACCUGCGCAGCUACCAGGCCGGCCUCAUCGCCAGCACCUACGACAUCGCCGCCUGCGUCUGCCUGGCCUUCGUCAGCUACUUUGGCGGGACCGGACACAAGCCCCGCUGGCUGGGAUGGGGUGUGCUGAUCAUGGCGCUGGGUUCUCUGGUGUUUGCCCUGCCUCACUUCACCACGGCGCCCUACAUGGUCAGUGUGCCCGAGCAGACAGGGAUGUGCUCCGCGAACCGUACCAGCCCAUGUCAGGGCAAGGAGCACGGAGGAUUGUCCAGCUACCGCUUUGUGUUCAUGCUUGGCCAGUUUCUUCACGGUGUGGGUGCUACGCCUCUCUACACGUUAGGGGUCACGUACCUGGACGAGAACGUCAACUCCAACUAUGCGCCUGUUUAUAUAGGGAUCUUCUACACGGCGGCCAUUGUGGGUCCAGCAGCGGGCUACCUGAUGGGAGGAUACUUCCUCAACAUCUACACCGAGAUCUCCGUCGCGACGGAGAUGACUCCGGAGAACCCGCACUGGGUUGGAGCUUGGUGGAUCGGUUUCCUAGCAGGAGGAGCAGCGUCCUUAUUAGUAGCGUUUCCCAUUCUUGGAUACCCACGUCAGUUACCAGGAUGUCAGGAACAUGUGGCCAUGCGGGUGUCCGAGGCUCACCAGCUCAAGGACGGAAGUCACACGACGGCAUCAGACCCUCAGUUUGGCAAAUCAGUCAAAGACAUGCCGAGAUCCGUUCUGCUUCUCUUAAAGAACCCCCCCUUCCUGUUCCUGUGUUUGGCCGGUGCCACUGAGGCCACCCUCAUUGCUGGCAUGUCCACGUUUGGUCCAAAGUUCUUGGAGUCACAGUUCAGCCUCAGCGCAUCGGAGGCCGCCACGUGGUUCGGAUACAUGGUGGUACCAGCAGGAGGCGGGGGCACCUUCCUCGGUGGCUACAUCGUGAAAAGGUUGAACCUGCGCUGUCGAGGCAUCAUCCGGUUCUGCAUGAUGUGUGCGAUGGUCAGUCUGCUGGCCAUCUUCAUCUUUCUCAUCCACUGCCCCAACGUGCCCAUGGCUGGCGUCACGGCACCGUAUCAGCCCGAUCUGAUGGGGGGACAACAGCUGGACCGGUACAGGCACCUGUAUGACAAGCCCAGCAAACUGCGCCUCAGGAAUAGCUCUUCCAUAGACGAGAACCUGAUGGUGCACUGCAACGCCAACUGUAGCUGCGUCAGGGAGCUGUACAACCCAGUGUGCGGGGCGGACGGUAUAAUGUACUACUCCCCCUGCCACGCUGGCUGCACCUCCAUCAACCACACUGACCCUUCCACGGGCAAACAGGUGUACUCUAUGUGCAGCUGUGUGGUGGGUAACGUGUCCUGGGGGGGCGAGGGCUUCGCUCUGGCUGGGAAGUGUCCCAGCUCCUGCCACCACAUGCCAGUCUUCCUCUCCUUGCUGUUCAUCGUCAUCUGCUUCACCUUUCUCUGUAGCAUACCAGCCCUCACGGCUACGCUCAGGUGUGUGCCAGACAGCCAGAGAUCAUUUGGACUCGGCAUCCAGUGGAUUGUGGUGCGCACACUCGGUGGUAUCCCAGGACCCAUAGCCUUCGGCUCCGUAAUCGACAUCUCCUGCUUGCUGUGGCAGGAUCAGUGUGGUGAGCAGGGUUCCUGCUACCUCUAUCACAACUCAGCCAUGAGCCGGUACACACUGGUCGCCGGGAUUAUCUACAAGGUUUUGGGGACGAUGUUUUUCCUAGUAGCCAGCAUCUUGUACCAGCCUCCGCCGGAGUCACCGCAGAGCAGCUGUGAGAGCACCGACCACGGUCUGGGACACGGUUGCGACCUGCCCAUCAAAGACCUGCCCGAGGACGGCGUCAUCGUCAACCUGCACGCGAGGUUAUGACGUCAAGACGCCUCGUAGUAGCCACCGAUGGAGUGCGUGAGACAAACAGCCCCAGAAUGCCUUCAUGCACACACUCACACUAACACACACACUUUUUCUAUAGCACAUUAUGACUCUUGACAUGCUGCUCUUUUUGGAAAAAAAAAAAAGAAAUCCUGCUUCGGCUGCAUGUGUGUGCAUCUGAGUGUUUGGUUGACAGGGCUAAGCCACACACUUCGUUUUAUUUAUGUACAAGAAGCAUCAAAAAAGUCAUCAGUUCAUGAGCUUUUAGAAACUGAUUUCAUUUCUGUUUCAUGAGACUAUGAGACGUCUGACAACUACUGUGUGUGGUGCGUGAAGCAUUUAUAUCCAUCUUCUUCUUCUGUUCCGUCGACUUUAUUUUCUACCCACAGACGAAGCCAUGGCCUAAUAUGCUGUGCACAAAUAUCUACGGCCGGUUAUAAUCCAGUCCUUUCAUUUCACAUGUCUUAUUUAAGGCCAACAGUGUCAAUGGGCCCUCGAACCUAUUUCAGAAAGUAUUCAGAACCUUUUUUUUUUUGCUCGCUAGUAGUUGAAUUAAUGUACUUUCGAUUUUUCAAAUAGCAGAAGUAUCCAGACCUCAAAUGAACCCCUUUGGCUGGAUGUCAGGGCUUUGGCCGAUUGGCUCAUGAACAAUCAGAGACUUGUCCUGAAGCUCCUCCAGCUUUGUGUUGGCUGUUUGUUCCAGGCCAGCGAGCGCGGUGCAGAAAUGAGACAUCCAAUCCUGGGUCGUCUUUGAGGUCCUCCCUCGGGAUUCCGUCAUGCGUCACUGAUGGUAUCAAAAACAAAAAAGUGCCUGAAAUACCUGCCCCAAGGAGAAGAAGUUUAAUACAGUGAAGCUAAUUCCAAGUGGAAUUGUAGGUGUCUAAUUUUUAAAUUGGCUUCCAACAUUAAGAUCAGACUAAAUCUUCAUUCCCACAGGAUUAGUUUUGCGUGUGAUUUAGAACUUACACCCCUAUGUCUGUGUUUCCUGUGGUGCCUAACCCCAACCCUAGCCCUAGCCCUAACCCUAACCCUUUGCACAGGAUCUGGGUUUAGAUCCAUCGUCUGAUUGGGGCCUUUCUUUCUGUGUGGAGUUUGCAUGUUCUCCCUGUGUCUGCGUGGUUUCCCUCCGGGUACUCCAGCUUCCUCCCAAUGUCCGAAGACAUGCUUGUUAGGCCAGACCAGGAUAUAUCCUGCCUCUCACCCAGUGACAGCUCUCUCAGGCUCCCGACCUCCCCAUCGCGACCCUCCAGAGGAGAAGCGAUUCCAGAAAAUGAAUGAAUGGUUAUGAUGUCUCUGCUACUCUCCACUUCACUCCAAUACAGUGUGCAGAGUUAAUAGCAUGCCUUUUAUUCCUCUCAUAUUUUUAAAAUUAAAAACAUGAUGAGAAUUCACAAACUACCUGGCAGUAUUUGAAACAUCUCCACCUUUACUGACAUUAAUCUCUUUACUUGAUAAUUAUCAAAGCCUGAACAGACGUGUGGGUGCAACGUUGGUUCACACAGUCUCUCUUGGGAUCAAUGCAGCCUAAUUACAUCGUGUUGUAUUUAUUUAUUUAGUUUUUCUUAUGAAUGUAAAUCCGCAAAACGUCAAAAAGCAUAGGGGUAUAAAAUGUGUAAUAAUAUUAGCAGAAAGAAAGUAGCAGAGACGUCAUAACCAAGGACAAAUUCAGUCACUUCUAUAGAGAGUUCUUGGACUUCAAUGCAAUUCGAUGCAGUUUGGAACGAAUGGUCUGAUACUUUUAAGUUUUAGUUCUGUUUGCAAAAAUUCUAAAAUCAUGUUUCCACAUGUUGCCAUUGAAUCUAAAUGAAAACGUGAAGAAAAAAAACUAGUCUGAAUACUUUCUGAACUUAUACAAUUAUGAAUGAUUAAUAUGUGACAAAACAGCAGCACAAAUACGUCACGACUAUAUUUUGAAUCAAAAAAAGCACAUGUGUAUUUUUGAUAGCUACAAGACAGUUUUUUGAUGCAUCGUGGGUCGUAUUUAAAUUUCAAUGUAGUAAACAGACGGGAAGAAAAAAACCUAACUGCGAUGGACUUGAAAUCCAUGUACAUACAGAUAGAUUACUCUCUGCCAAAUUAACAGCAACAGCUCCGAUGCUUCUCUUCGGGAGAAACUGCAUUGCUGCACUUUAACAAACUUUAAUGUUUAUCUUAAAAAGGGCCGCUGACAGCAGCUUUUUAAAACGGUCAGAUGUUGCAAGAAAAUGACAUUGUGUUGUAAACUAAUUCAACUCGAGGUUAAAACUUGCCAUGAAUAUGAUUCACUGAUUAACUUAAGAAGCCAGACCGACUGAUCAGGCCCCCGCAAAGAUCUCCAGAGCCAAUGAAAUUGCCUGGGUGGGGCUUCGUGCACAGUGACAUUUCUAAUAAAGCAGCUUGACUUAAAGCUUAUGAAAUGUAGCUUUUCUCAAGACCAUGUUAAUUUACAAGUUCAAGUCAGAUUUUGUGAGCCGUGGCCAAAAGUUUUGAGAAUGACACAAAGUGUUGGUUUUCACAAAGUUUGCUGCUUCAGUGGUUUUAGAUCUUUUUGUCAAAUGUUACUGUGGCAUACUGAAGUAUAAUCAUAGCCAUUUGUAAAUGACAAAGGCUUUUAUUGACAGUUACGUUGAGUUUUUGAAAAGAGUCAAUAUCUGCAAUGUUGACCCUUCUUUUUCGAGACCCUUAUAAUUUGCCCUGGUCAAUUAACUUCUGGGCCACAUUCUGACUGAUGGCAGCCCACUCUUGCAUAACAAAUGAUUGGAGUUUCUCAGCAUUUGUGGGUUUUUAUAUGUCCACCAACCUCUUGAUCUACUGCAAGUUCUGAACGGGAUUAGAUGGACCCAAAAUUUCGAUGUGUUAUUCCCCGAGCCAUUUAGUCAUCUCUUUUGUCUCAUGGCGGAGUGCUCCAUCAUUCCGGAAAAAGACAUUAUUCACCGCCAAACUGUUCUUGGAUGGUUGGGAGGCGUUGCUCUCGGAGGAUGUUUUGGCGACCCCACAAAUGAAUGGUCUCAGGAUUCUUUACUGUUGGCGUGAUGCAGGACUGAUGGUAGCGCUUACCUUUUCUUCUCCAGACAAGCUUUUUUCCAGAUGCCCCAACCAAUCAGAAAGGGGAUUCAUCAGAGUAAAUGAGUUUCCUCAGCAGUCCAGUCCCUGUCCCUGAUGUAUUUUCCUGGAGAGAAGUGGCUUCUUUGCCGCCCUUCUUGACACCAGGUCAUCCUCCAAAAGCCUGCAGAUGCACUCACGCCUACCUGCCACCAUUCCUGAGCAAGCUCUGCACUUAUCAUGCCCCCGUCCUGCAGCUGAAUCAACUUUAGGAGACAGUCCUGGCGCUUGCUGGACUUUCUUGGGCGCCGUGAAUUCUUCUUCACAACAAUUGAACCUCUCUCCUUGAAGUUCUUAAUGAGCCAAUAAAUGGUUUAUUUAGAUAAACCCUCUUAAAGGCAGCAACAUCCUCACCAGUGAAGUCCUUUUUAUGCAAAGCAAUGGUGACUGCACGUGUUUCCUGUAGGUAACCAUGGUUAACAGAGGAAGAACAGUGGUUUCAAGCACUUCCCUGAUUUAAAAGCUUCCAGCCUCGUUUUAACAAACACCUGUGUUGACUAGAGAGUCACUGGCAUGAUGUUAGCCGGUCCUUUUAUGGUCCUUCAUUUUCAUCACUAUUCAAAUUGACAUCAUCAAAAAUGAGGCAGCAUACUUUCUGAAAAUUAAUACGUGUCAUUUUCAAGAGUUUUGGCCAUGGCUGUACCUGCACUGCUAAAUAACCAACCUCCCGCGUCCAAACUUUUUUUUUCCUGAUAACGCAUCUGCAGAGACCUGCUGGGCCAAUCAAAAUGUUCGGUCUGGUUUCUAUGUGGUGAUGGACAGAAGAGCUACAGCAACUCGGCCUCAUACGUCAACUGAGCAUCAUGGAGUUGAAUUUAUUUACAACUAGAUGGCUGGUUCUGGUUGGUUGUUGGACUAUUCAAUUGCUUGCCGAGGAGUUUUUCUUUCUUUCUUUCAGUUUAAACACAUUUGAAAUCCAGAUGGCGCACUACCAGACUCAUAUUCUGAAUUGCUACCCGAGGCUUUGGCCCUGUGUUUGCAGCAAACAUUGACGCAAUGUCUGGCUGGUUUUAAACGCUGAUGUCAGAAAGCCUUUAAUAUUCUAGGAAGCUGCUUGUAAGCUGGGUCUGUAAUGGCCGACGCACAAUUGGCAACUCACACAGCAUAAGAGAAAAAAAAAAUAAAUCACAGCACUGUUAUCUGGACCUAGUUAUCACAGUACUGUAAGUACACAAAUGUGCCAAAGCAGCUUUGCUUAACAACUCUUGCACUUGUUAUUUUUAUGUUUGUUUUGUUUUUAUCAUUUACCUUAUUUAUGCAAAUAAUUUAUUGAUAAUGUUUAAGCUUUUACGUUAGAUUUUUGCAUCAAACAGGAAUGCUGCCCUGGCUCCGCCCCCUUGUCCUCUCAUCUGUACCGUUAACGUGAUAUGAAGUGAAACACAACCUGCUGGAUGUUGCCUGUUUUGUUGUUGUUGUAGUAGUUCUCUGUUCCAGCUGAUGUCGAGGGGUUUUUAUUUCCAUAUGAAUGUAUAUAUAUGCAGUCAUCCUAGCUGUGCUUUUACGUCCCUGAGCUUUGACGAACAUGUAAACUGAUUUCUAUUCAUUUUUUUAUUAUUAUUAUUAUAUUGUUUUUGAUUUUUGGUACUGUAUAAUUUUUAUUUUUAUUUUUAAAGGGGAAAAAAAGAAAUGAAGGAAACGUUAGACUUGAAAUCUAUUAUCUUUUUACGGAAUGAUUCUAAGAUGUCAAGUGUUUUCUAAUUACAAAAGCUGAACAGCA